CGCAUGUGUUGGUUCCGCCGCGCCAAACUACCGUUUGCUCGGCCAUUGCAGCUCACUACCACCAUCGUCCAACGGUUUCCCAGCACCAGCAGCAUGGCGCACCAUGCGCUCCGUUCAUGGCUCAAGCCUACCCAGUCAGUCAGUAGUAGUGCAGCGUUGGUCCCGGUCAGAUCGUUCCGUAUUCGUUCCCGCCGCAAUCAACCAGCGUCGUCGUCGCCGUUGUCGUGUACAGGCCUCUAGGUACCGUACAAAAGAAGUAAACCGCGCGAGUGAGCCGUGCUGCUGAAUUACCGCGAGCGCGCCGUCCGUCGCCACCGUUGUUGUUGUUGGAUUGGAGCGCGUGGUGUGUGGCGUGAGAGAGGGAGAGAAAGUGAAACCGCGCGUUGUUCCGCCGCGCCUGGUCGCGUAUUCUGGUCUAGCGGGACGCGCGUCGCCGCCGCCAUCAUCACCCACAGUGACCUACCCCGACCGUGUGUGUGAGUGUUCUUCGUGCGGGGAGAGCGGGUAGAAGAAGAAGACGUGUGUCGGUGAGUAGUGUGCUGGUUGAGUGGGGUAUUCUGCGGUGUGUAACCACACGGCCACCCACCCGUUACCUCCUCUGCCCCGUGUGAGCGUGUGACAGUGGUGGAGCAGAGCAGAUCUUCCGUUUCACCACAGCUUUUAAUUCAUUCAAACCGGCGAACCGCCACCCGUUUGUAACCGCUACCGCCGCGACGCCCCUCUGGAGCGGUUGUCAUUCGUUUGAGUCGCCCGCCGAACCGAAAGUCCCACAUGGUGUGAGCUCUGAGCUGCUGAUGGUGCUCUCUGAUGCGGAUGCGGGGCGAGUGGGAUUAUAAAUAGUUUGACUAAUCAAGUUGUAGUGUGUUGAGGGGGGAGGAGUGCAACAAGAAGCAAAAGAAGACGAAAACACGGCCGCAGAGAAAGCCAAGCCGAACGAAGCAAGUGAGCGAGCGUUGGUGUGCUUUAAUUUUUCCUAAACGAUCGGACGCGUGUUUGACAUUUUGGGUCACCGUCCGCCGUCGUUCUCCGCCUUUGUUGAUUGGUGUCGUGAAUGCCGUCGUGGCUCAGUGAUUGUGCGAGACGAGCAGUAUAUUCACGCGGGAAUUAAAACCGUUGAUUAAUAUACGUAGGAAGAUAAGUGAACCGUUUAGGGAAAAGUCAGUGAUAUUAUUGGCCGAAGAAGCGGCAUCAACUACUUGAGAAAAGUGUCGUUGAGAUUAUUGAGUGACGAGUUGUUGACGAGAAGAAGAACGUGAACCCCACAAGAUUGGAUUACGCCGACGGUAGUUUGAAUCAGUGAAAGGUUCUCGUUUUCCCACCACCAACAACUAUUGGAUUGAACGCGCCGAACAACAAACGAAGGAGAACAUCAGAGGAUAAUCACAACCCAUCAGCGCGGAAGUGUUUUAACGAGAAGUGUGGUUGCUGCUUUUUUGGUUCAGUGUAAUAAGUUGUUUUUCGAGAGGAAAUAAAGUGAAAUUAGGCCUCUUUGUUCGAAGAGCAGUAUAGUGGAAGAUACCGAAUAGGGGAAAAUUUCGAUCACAUGUGAGAUUCGCAGUGUUCACAGAGAAAUCAGAGUGUGAAAAAAGUGUGGAUAAUUAAACACAGUGAAGUCGUCUUCCGCGGGAAAAUUUCCGUAGCCGUCGAAUCGAAUUCGGGAUAAUUCGAUUAAAUAUGCCGUUCUCGGUGCUGCUGGCAGCUGUCUACCAGAAAUCAAGCCGAAAUCUCUUUGCCGUCGUCGGUAGCCGCCGUCGCCUCUGCUGUCAGCGCUGAGUGUGUGGAUUACCAGUGUUGCCCCCCUGCAAGGUUAAUCGGUUGUGCGUGUGAGAAAGAAACCGCUGAAAAGCUCCAGUGCAGUGUAGUGCAGUGCAGCAGUGUGAACAACAAUAGCAACGACUAAUUUCGUUAGUGAAGAUAAUCCCUCCAUCGAAGCAAAAAGUGAGGCGCGAUGUAUCCCAAUUCAGGAAUCAACGCGGCGGCCGUCGCCCGACAUCCGGGCCCACCGCAGUCGGCGCAACCGUUCAAAUUAACCGUAACCGAGAGCUGUGAUAGGAUAAAGGAGGAGUUCAACUUUCUACAGGCACAAUAUCACAACUUAAAAAUGGAAUGUGAAAAAUUAGCUCAGGAAAAAACGGAAAUGCAGCGGCACUAUGUGAUGUACUACGAGAUGUCAUAUGGACUCAAUGUCGAAAUGCACAAACAGACGGAGAUCUCCAAGAGGUUAAAUGCAAUAAUCACCCAGAUUGUACCGUUCCUGUCGCAGGAACACCAGCAGCAGGUGCUGACCGCAGUCGAACGGGCGAAACAAAUCACCAUGUCCGAGCUGAACGCUGUGAUAGGGCGACCGGAUCUGCCGCGGCUCCUCCAGCAGAUGCACGCCCAGCAGAUCCCCGGGGCGCACGGAGCGCCCCCGAUGCCCGUCGGCAUGCCCCACCCUAGUCUCGGCCCGGGAGCCCUCGGAGGUCCCCUGAGCGCCCUCGGCAGCACCCCACCCCAGCACCCUUUAGCCAUCCUCAACAAGCAGGAACUGCACCGGCCGGAAGAGUCCAAGAGCAGCAACAGCAACAUCAUGCCCCUCGAUGACCGACAUCGAAGUUCAAUUUCACCCACCGAUCGAGACAAGUACCGACCGCGGACGCCCGAAUCUUCCCACGAGCUGAAGAAGGUCAAGAAGGAGGAGAAGGACAUGGGUCAUUCCGAUGGGGAGAAGUCCGACCAGGAUCUCGUAGUUGACGACGCGUCGGAGAUUAAUCCGAUGAGCCCGAUGCCCAAUCAACACCACAAUGGAACCGCCUCCCCUCGCGAGAAUGGCAUGAUGCCCAAAAAGCUAGACGUUCAGGACCGUGAACGUAUCGGUACCCACUCACCUCGAUCAGGAACUUCCUCCAACGCUUCCACCCCGUCCAACAAGAAAAUGGACGAUAAACCAACGACCCCGAUCGCGAAACCUGCCACCCCGACCAAUUCGGCCGCCAGCAAUGGAGUGCCCAAGGUCGUCAACAAACCGCCAGUAUUGAACCCGGGCUAUCCGCCGUACCUGGGUGGACCCUUGAAUGGAGCGCCACACGAACUGCAAGCCGCCUACGGAGGACCCGGAGUGCACAACAACCUGCCGCACUCGUUGAACAACUACGCCCGGGCGCCGCUCGCUUUCGAUCCACAUCCGCAGAUGCGGGCCCCGCUGGGGCCGAUUGCCAUUCCCGGAGGAAAACCUGCCUAUUCCUUUCACGUGAACGCCGAGGGCCAAAUGCAACCGGUGCCCUUUCCGCAGGACGCCCUGGUAGGACCGGGGAUUCCGCGGCACGCCCGCCAAAUUAGCUCCCUCAACCACGGCGAAGUGGUAUGCGCCGUAACGAUCUCGAACCCCACCAAGUACGUCUACACCGGCGGCAAGGGUUGCGUCAAGGCGUGGGAUAUCUCCCAGCCGGGAAACAAGAACCCCGUCUCGCAGCUGGAUUGCCUGCAACGGGACAACUACAUCCGCUCGGUGAAACUCCUGCCGGACGGUCGGACACUGAUCGUCGGCGGUGAGGCCUCCAACCUGUCCAUCUGGGAUCUCGCUAGUCCAACGCCGCGCAUCAAAGCGGAACUAACCUCCAACGCGCCGGCCUGCUACGCGUUGGCCAUCUCCCCGGACUCGAAAGUGUGCUUCUCGUGCUGCUCCGACGGCAACAUUGCUGUGUGGGACCUGCAGAACCAGACGCUGGUGCGGCAGUUCCAAGGUCACACCGACGGAGCAUCCUGCAUCGACAUUAGCGCCGAUGGUACAAAACUGUGGACCGGUGGUCUGGACAACACCGUUCGAUCCUGGGAUCUGCGAGAGGGCCGACAACUGCAGCAGCAUGACUUCACCUCGCAGAUCUUCUCGUUGGGUUAUUGUCCUACGGGAGAAUGGCUCGCCGUCGGUAUGGAGAACUCCAACGUCGAGGUGCUGCACGCCACCAAACAGGACAAAUAUCAGCUCCACCUGCACGAGAGCUGUGUGCUCAGUUUGAAGUUUGCCGCCUGCGGCAAGUGGUUCGUAUCCACCGGCAAGGACAACCUGCUGAACGCGUGGAGGACGCCCUACGGUGCCUCGAUCUUCCAGUCAAAGGAAUCAUCCUCGGUAUUAAGCUGUGAUAUCUCGGCCGACGAUAAAUACAUCGUGACCGGGUCGGGCGACAAGAAGGCCACCGUCUACGAGGUAAUCUACUAAGUUGGUUGGCGAUGCGCCCUUCACGCCCAGCCAGAUUGGCCCCGCGCCCACAAGAGACUUCACGUCCCCACCUUCCCUCAAACCGCGUCGGCCACAUGCAGAGUAAGUAAGCAAAACAACACUGAAACAAAUUAGAACACCACGUUUGCGCGUUUCGUUGAAAGUGACGACGCGUCCAGAAAGAUGGUGCACCAAAAGUGUCAUAUGUUAAAGAUUGUCUUAACAGCAAGUCUUAAAAAAACGGAGAAAUAACAGUAAUAACGAAAAGAUGGAAAUUAACCUGUAAAGCCUGAUUACACUCAUUAAGCUACCCUGUAAGCUAUAAACGCAAAAACCUUCUAAAUGUGUAAAAAUAGUAAGUCUUAAAUAGACUCUUAGUUUGCAGAAGCAAAACAGUCUCAAAUGUAAAAAUGCCUAACCUUUCCCCCUAGUUUUGAGCGUAAGGACUAUACAAACUCCCUUAAAAUUAGUAGUAGAAAAUCAGGAAAAAGUGCUCUCAAAGAAACCAGAAAACACAAACGAGACAAACUUCUCAAUCUCCGACGGGCAGUGUUCCGCAACAUCCUAUUGUAUUAUAACGCCCUUCUCAACAACCAAACCCAAGUGGGGCUGGUGCUGGCUGAGAGGACCUUCUGUCUGUUUUUAGUUUGAUUCCCGGACACCUCUGUUCCGAAAGGGGGAGAGACAACACAGCCUAAUUAUGUAACAGUUAUAAUAGUCGUAUCGAUUCCCGUUCCCGUUGUUGGGGGACGCGUAGGACUUUGUUUCUUAGUUCCGUAGUGUAUAGAGUAAAAAUAUAUAUAAUUAGAAUUUUGUUUAUUUGUCCCACACAAAGUAGAAUGUAACAUGGGAAAGCUUUACUUUCUGUUGAACUCAUUUGUCGCGCGAACUACA